UCAUAGAAUUUCUCUUUUCCUUCUCCUUACCCGACCCUCUGCCUAGCUCAAAAAACAGACCGUGUUGAGUACGUUCUGGAUUACUCAUAGGGCUUUUUCUUUUCGUUUUUCCGGGUGCAAACCCGUGAUCUGGGUUUAUAAUCGCCCUAUAAAGCUCCAGAGGCGGUCAGGCACCUGCAAGGAGCCCCGCCGCUCUGCCCACGAGCUGCCCCCGCGAGCAGCGGCCUCGUGAUUCCCCUGCUGAGCCGGUCCCCGCCUCCCCACUCCGCCUCCGCCUCCCCCAAAGCCAAGCAGCCGCCUCUUCGGAUCGCUCUCCUCUCUUCCAGGAGCUCGCGUGCGGGACGGUACCAGCAAAAGACAGGCUGCAGCUGGAGGUGACGCCGGGCAGAUUACGCCUGAGGCAGAGCCGGGCCGAGCCGGGCAGAUUGCUGGGCGCUACGCAGAAGAGCGACAGGAGCGCGCGGCUUGCUGUCUCCCAGCCUAGCCUUUUCUAGUGCCCGACUGGCCGAGGACCCCGGACAGCAGAGGCGUCGGGACGACCGAGCUGAUGGCGUCUUCGACCCCUUCUUCGUCCGCAACCUCCUCGAACGCGGGAGCGGACCCCAAUACCACCAACCUGCGCCCCACAACGUAUGAUACCUGGUGCGGAGUGGCCCAUGGAUGCACCAGAAAGCUGGGGCUGAAGAUCUGCGGCUUCUUGCAGAGGACCAACAGCCUGGAAGAGAAGAGCAGGCUUGUGAGUGCCUUCAAGGAGAGGCAGUCCUCCAAGAACCUGCUUUCCUGUGAAAACAGUGACAAGGAUGGCCGCUUCCGACGCACAGAGACAGACUUCUCCAACCUGUUCGCCCGAGAUCUGCUUCCGGCUAAGAACGGGGAGGAGCAAACUGUGCAGUUCCUGUUGGAGGUGGUGGACAUACUCCUCAACUAUGUCCGCAAGACGUUCGAUCGCUCCACCAAAGUGCUGGACUUCCACCACCCUCACCAGCUGCUGGAAGGCAUGGAGGGCUUCAACUUGGAACUCUCUGACCACCCCGAGUCCCUGGAGCAGAUCCUGGUUGACUGCAGAGACACCCUGAAAUAUGGGGUCCGCACAGGUCAUCCUCGAUUUUUCAACCAGCUCUCCACAGGACUGGAUAUCAUUGGUUUAGCUGGAGAGUGGCUGACAUCAACUGCCAAUACCAAUAUGUUUACAUAUGAAAUUGCACCAGUGUUUGUCCUCAUGGAGCAAAUAACACUUAAGAAGAUGAGAGAGAUAGUUGGAUGGUCAAGUAAAGAUGGUGAUGGGAUAUUUUCUCCUGGGGGAGCCAUAUCCAACAUGUACAGCAUCAUGGCUGCUCGCUUCAAGUACUUCCCGGAAGUUAAGACCAAGGGUAUGGCGGCUGUGCCCAAGCUUGUCCUCUUCACCUCAGAACACAGUCAUUAUUCCAUAAAGAAAGCUGGGGCUGCACUUGGCUUUGGAACCGACAAUGUGAUUUUGAUAAAGUGCAAUGAAAGGGGGAAGAUAAUUCCAUCUGAUUUAGAGACAAAAAUUCUUGAAGCCAAGCAAAAGGGUUACGUCCCUCUGUACGUCAAUGCAACUGCUGGCACCACUGUUUAUGGCGCUUUUGAUCCAAUACAGGAGAUUGCAGAUAUAUGUGAGAAAUACAACCUUUGGCUGCAUGUCGAUGCUGCCUGGGGUGGCGGGCUGCUCAUGUCCCAGAAGCACCGCCAUAAACUCAGUGGCAUCGAGAGGGCCAACUCUGUCACCUGGAACCCUCACAAGAUGAUGGGUGUGCUGCUGCAGUGCUCUGCCAUUCUUGUAAAGGAAAAGGGUAUCCUCCAAGGAUGCAACCAGAUGUGUGCGGGAUACCUGUUCCAGCCGGACAAGCAGUAUGAUGUCUCCUAUGACACUGGGGACAAGGCCAUUCAGUGUGGCCGCCACGUAGACAUCUUCAAGUUCUGGCUGAUGUGGAAAGCAAAGGGUACAGUGGGUUUUGAAAAUCAGAUCAACAAAUGCUUGGAACUGGCUGAAUACCUCUAUGCCAAGAUUAAAAACAGAGAAGAAUUUGAGAUGGUUUUUGAUGGUGAGCCUGAGCAUACGAACGUCUGUUUCUGGUAUAUCCCACAAAGCCUCAGGGGUGUUCCAGAUAGCCCCGAACGACGGGAAAAGCUACACAGGGUGGCCCCGAAAAUCAAAGCCCUGAUGAUGGAAUCUGGCACAACCAUGGUUGGCUACCAGCCUCAGGGGGACAAGGCCAACUUCUUCCGGAUGGUCAUCUCCAACCCAGCUGCUACCCAAUCUGAUAUUGACUUCCUCAUUGAGGAGAUAGAGAGGCUGGGCCAGGACCUGUAAUUGCCACGCACAGUACAUCAGUUUCUGGGACUUCCCUUUCCCCUCUGCACUCUAGAACAAACCUCUAUAUGUUGCUGAAGCACAUAGGCCAUUUCAUUGAGGGAAAACAUAAUAUCUUGAAGAAUACUGUUAAAACCUUCCUUAAGCUUAUUAGAGUUAGCCGGAAAUAAUGUUCUUUUUCAAAAGUUGCACAUUAGGAGCACAGUAUAUAUGUACAGUUAUAUAUACCUCUCUCUAUAAAUACACGUCUGUAUAGUGAGUGUGGUAAUAGAUCACAGCAUGUCUCCCACUCCAAGAGAAUCCAUUUUACCUUCUUCCUCAGUUACUGAGGGGCCAAAUAUGCCGCAAACCAGCUUGCCCAGCCACCCCAGAGAAGAUGUUUUUUCAAAAUGCUGUGUGUUGGGGACCAAGGAAAAUGCUGUUGGCAGGCAUUGACCUCACUGUCAGUAUUUCACCCAUCUGAAGUCAUGAUGGAUGAGAAAAAGUGCCACUGGGUGACGAGUCCCACCCUCCCCAUUAGUAUCCUGUUAGGGGAAAACAGUAGCAGAGUCAUUGUUUCAGGUGUACUAUUGCUGUAAAUUUAGAGUUUAAUUUUGUGUAGGUUGUGCAUAUUUCUGUUGUUUGUCCUUGGGAGGGGGAGGGGAAGAAUAUAUGUAAUGAUCUCAAUGACUGUUUGUAGGUAAAUGAAAUAUUUGCUUAUUUAUAUUCAGAGAUUUACCAUGUUAAAGAGGUGUCUUGUAUUUUCUUCCCAUUUGUAAUGUAUCUUAUUUAUAUAUUAAUGCAGUAAGUUCUGAAAAUUGUUUAUGGUAUUUUCGUGCACUUGUGAGCCAAAGAGAAAAGACUGAAAUUAGUAAGACUUGUAUUAUAUUAGAGUGCCCUUAAAAUAAUGAUUUAAGCAUAACUUUACCGUCUAUAAAAGAAUUCUGAUACUGUACAUAACAUCGUAUAUAUGGAAAUCCCGUGACUUACAUAGCAUCUGCUCUUCUAUUACUCUUUCUGUCUGGCUGUAUGUUGGGUGUUCUCUAUGCUUUUCUAGUAACUGUUGGGUAAUAACUAGGUCUUCUGUAAUUUUGUAGUAGUUCAUGACCAAUCUCUGUGACCCUUAGCGCAAACCUAAGGCAAUGUUUCUGAAGACUUUCUGAAGAUCUCACACUGACCAGGCUCACAACUGUUUUUGAAGAAAGGAAAUUCACACUGUGCAUUUUAGAGUAUGCAAGAAGACUAUAAAUAAAUAAAAAUAUUCUCUGUGGAGAAUUUGAACAAAA